AUGUCGGUGCUUCUGUCUCAUUUCACUCUGUUUCGCAUCAACAUUCUCGUAUUUGAACACAAGUCUAUUGUAGCAAUGUAUCACACAGUCGAAAUGGCUACUGAAGACGGUUCAGUAGAAGGCAAGGAAAAGGAACAGGAGCAACAAGCGCAAGUUCAGCCUGAGGAAGAACACAAGGGUGCAGGCGAUUCAAUUGUUGGACUUCCGCAAGAACUGCUCCUUCGCCACCCGCUACAGUCAAGAUGGGCUUUGUGGUAUCUCAAGGCCGAUCGAAAUAAGGAAUGGGAGGAUUGUCUUAAAAUGGUAUCGCUGUUCGACACUGUGGAAGAUUUCUGGGCGCUCUAUAAUCAUAUACAGACGGCAAGUGGUCUUAACUGGGGCUCUGAUUAUUACCUGUUCAAAGAGGGCAUCAAGCCAAUGUGGGAAGAUGACAGCAACGUCAAAGGAGGUCGCUGGCUUGUGGUUGUGGAUAAGCAACGUCGGGCUCAGUUAUUGGAUCACUACUGGCUGGAGCUUUUGAUGGCUAUCAUCGGUGAGCAGUUCGAAGAUCUUGGAGAGUACAUCUGCGGAGCUGUGGUGAAUGUGCGACAGAAAGGAGAUAAGGUAUCCCUUUGGACUCGUGAUGCAACUCGCGAUGAUGUGAACACUCGAAUUGGACUUGUACUAAAAGCGAAAUUGGAUAUUCCAGAUUCGGAACCAUUAAGAUAUGAGGUUCACAAAGAUUCUUCCGUCCGUACUUCGUCGAUGGUCAAACCACGCAUCAUGAUUCCGAAUAAGGAAGCUGCUGCAACAGCGGCUCGCUAAAGAUUUUCCAUUCUUGGUCGGGAGGUUUCCAAUUGCUCAUCCUCCUCGCUUUCCAACUUCAAGUAAUUAUGUUCCUUUUCUGUUCAUAUAAUCGCUUCUGUACCCGUGUUAAUGUGCCGACAGGCGCUAUAUUGAAUGGAUGGCUUCUACAUCAUCCUGAAGCACAAGAUUCCGAUCUAUAUACUUAUAAUAAUAAUCAGUAAUACUCUUGUGCACUUUUGGCGUUCGUUGCUGUCUCUCUAUUGGUUGGCAUCCUCUAUCCCUUUCUUUCUCUUCAGUCUUGAUUUCGGAAUACGAUGUCUCAGAGUAGAGCAGAACGUAAGGAAGCCACAUUUUUCCCAGGGUUUGGUUGUUUUUGUUCAUUUAGUUUGCAUGAUUUGUGCGAUUUUGAAGCUCUCCAUCUGCUUGUAGUUAUUUUGAUGAAAUCGUAUCCAAAUUCACUUUAUAUGGCAUCACAUAUAGCCAUAAUAGCUAUUGAUAUGCGGGAUACACCCGGUUUUCUUUCAUUCAUCUCAGAAGCAGUGGAUAUUACUGGUUAAGCUUUCUUCUUAAUAAAUAUGAUUUUUGUU